AUGAAGCUUCAUUUACAUUUUGCAUUUUGGUGGAUCAAUUAUGCUCUCGCCGAUUUUGUCACUCCGAAAGCCGACAUUGAAUCGCUGGAACUCUUCCCAAAUCAUAUGUCAUAUGAGGAAUCGGUUUUAGCAGUCGCAGAAAACAGAGUCAUCACUGAAGACGGGAGUUUCGGAACAGCUUGGAUCAACACCACUGAUUAUUGUACUCCCCUGUAUCACUUCAGAGAAAUUGGGUACCAUGCGGUUGUGACCCAUCUGUCAUACAACUAUUUACUUGCAUUGGCUGAAUUGGCUGAAGAAGCUCUCACGCAAGGACUCCAUGGAGAUUUUAUUUUUCUUCUCUUCAAAUUUGGCCACGAGGGGAGAGAACUACCAUCCGGAAUUCGAAGCGCUUCCCCGAUGAUAUAUGAUAUGGCCAAGUCCUUAGAUACACAGACCACUUCGAAACAAAAGCGUCUUCCACUUCUUGAGUUUUUGCGGAAAUCGACAAAUUUGCCAAUUAUCAGAACAGUGUAUGAUUUGGUCAGUCUCGAGCGGAAGACCAGAGUCAUGAGACUUUAUCGAAGCCUAGCUCGCAAAAUGGGCAAAGCUGUUUUUCGAUUCGAUGAAGCAUACUCAUACUAUUUGUUUGUGAGGAUUCUCGGUGUUCCUGUUCGAUCUGUCUGUGCGGUGGGAACACUGACUGAUGAAAAUUUUGAUUCCUAUGACGAUAUUCUUGCCCCGAAGAUCCAAGCUUGUGAAGACAGUCACGAGUUAAAGUUUUUUGGUCAGUCUUGUUAUGUUAAAUUAAUUUUGCCGCGUGUUUCCGAACUACGAACAGGAGUUUGUUCUUAG